ACAGGGAGGUCUUAUCACAAAGCAGAGCUAAAAGCAGGCUAAGAACCAUCACACACCAGGGGAAGACAGACGGAGGAAAUCCUUACAUAACAGACAGACAAAAACAUCAAAAACAGACUUCACACACUUCUCUUCUCUAGAAGCCAUCCUCACUCACGCACACUUAUCUUCAGACACACAGCGUUAGUCCAGUCCAGACCCCUCAGUACAGCUCAGGUUAUCAGUGACCAGUCAUGAUGUUUACCUUGGGCAUGGCUAAGAUCCUCUUCUGUGUAUUGUUCCUCUACAGCUGCUGCCAAGUGACUCAGGGCCAGAUGGUGAUGGACUGCUGUCUGGUUGUCAGUCAAAAAGAGAUCCCUAGACGCAUUGUCAUGGGUUACCAGUCUCAGGUCAGAGGUCAAGGCUGCUCCAUCAACGCUGUGGUCUUCACUACCAAGAGGGGACUCAAGCUGUGUGCUCCCACUGAUCCCACCUGGGUUACAGACCUGAUGAAACACAUGGACCGCCUCAUCAAUAAGUGCCAAGAAACAAACUUCAAGGCUAAACACUGUAAGAAGCUGAAGCCUAAGAGUUCCUAAGGUCCCCUGCUGGAACCCCUCACCACCAUCCCCACCCGCCUCUCCCGGUCCAAAGAACAGUGACAGAGCCUGAGAAGAACCUUCCAAGUGGGUGAAGAACAGGGUGGGAGAAGUUAAAAAAAAAAAAAAAAAUGUCUAAAGUGAUUCCUCCUACCACUAAUGCACUUUUUCAGUUUCCUUCCGUCUUGAGUCUUUAGUUAAUCCAAUAGACCGCCUUGCUUAAGCUACCAUGUUGUUUCUCAGUGGCACUUUCAUGUAACAGACAUUUCUUUUUUUAUAUGUGACAAAAUAUUGAAUGAUAAUAUUCCAAAAAGAGUAGACUAGCUUUGACCUCACAUCUGGACUGACCCUUAAAUAGAUUGGAAGAGAAACAAAAUGGCAGAAGUUGAAAUGACUUUAAGGUCAUCAAAUACAGUUUUAUUUGUCACAUGCUUCGUGAACAACAGGUGUAGACUAACAGUGAAAUGCUUACUUACACGACCUGUUCCAACAAUGCAGGGUUAAAGAUAAAAAAUAUAUAAAAUCAGAAUCAGAAAUGAGAAAGAAUCAGGGAUUAGAGGUCAGGGGUCAAGGUGCUGGCAGAUGGUUAGAACACCCAUCUCCCUAAAGUGAAUCUGUACGUCAAUCUCAGAUAAUUAAAUAUUUCUUAUCAUUUGUGAACCUACAAUGUGAACCUACUUUGAUGAAUUUAUAUAUUUUCAUGGACCUUUUGUUUUUUCAAUAAAGACUUUGUCAAAUCAA